UGGCGUCUUCCAGAGAGAAAUACUGUUGUUGUGGCUUGUAAUUGGUUCUUCUAUUUUAAGAUCUACCGUAGAGGAGCGAAAGGGAUACCAGAAAUCAUAAAUAUUAUUUCAUAAAUCGAAAUUUUGGAAAACAUGCGUCGUGUAGGCGCAACUAGAAAUCGAAAACAAACUCUAAAAGUUUUAAAGGAACUCGACGCUUUCCCAAAAGUUCCUGAAAAUUAUCAAGAAACAUCCGCUAGUGGUGGUUCAGUGUCCAUCAUUAUUUUCUUAUUUAUUGGAAUUCUUGUGACAUCUGAGUUCUGGUACUACAGAGGAGUAGAAACCAAAUAUGAUUAUGCAGUCGACACAGAUGCAGAUAGUAAACUUCAAAUAAAUGUUGAUAUGACAGUAGCAAUGAGAUGCGAUGAUAUUGGAGCAGAUGUCUUGGAUUUAUCUGGCUCCUCAUUAGAACUAGGGGACAAACUUUCAUUAGAACCUACUUACUUUGAACUAACUGAGGAGCAAAUGACAUGGUUGAGAAUGUUUCGACAUAUGCAUGCAUUUGUGGAGGGCUACAGAGCGCUGAAGGUCCUUGAGGAAUUUAACAAUAAUGGACCCACCUACAUGCCAAAAAGGUCUGAAAACAAACAAGAUAAACCCCAUGAUGCUUGACGAGUCCAUGGCUCCUUUGAGGUCAACAAAGUGGCUGGAAAUUUUCACAUUACAGCUGGCAAGUCCAUUUAUCAUCCCAGAGGACAUGCCCAUCUGAGUGCUUUCGUGCCAUCGGAAUCAUAUAACUAUUCACAUAGGAUCGAUGCCCUCUCCUUUGGCCCUUGGGCAGCUGGUUAUAUAAACCCACUUGACGGAGAUCUUGUUACAACAGACAAAAAAUUGCAAAUGUACCAAUAUUACAUUAAGAUUGUACCAACCUCGAUCAAAUCACUCAAUGGUCAGGUUACAAAGACAAACCAAUACUCAGUAACACAGAGGAUCCGAGAAAUAAAUCAUGAGGCUGGAAGCCAUGGAAUUUCAGGAAUAUUCUUUAAAUAUGACAUGUCAUCAUUAAUGGUUCGAGUUGAAAGUCAUCGCAGAUCUUUCUGGGGUUUCUUGGUGCGUCUUUGUGGGAUUGUAGGAGGCAUAUUUGCCACUUCAGGAAUGAUGCACUCUCUCAUUGGUUUCUUGUUUGAUGUAAUAACUUGCCAGUUUCAGUUGAAGAAAAAAGAGGAAAAGCCCCUCACAAUGUCACAGAUUCCUCCUGGGACCACUGUAGUCCAACCAAAUGGCGUAACAUCUCAACAACCACCACAGAGCCAAGAGCCUGUUGUCAGCUUUUCCCCUGAAGGAGUAGAUCCAAGUGUUAGUGUUGUUCCACCAGGAAAUGUUGUGCAAGCAGACCAAUCCUCAGUGAUAACAUGAUACAAGUAGACUGAUUUUAAAAAUUUAUGAAAAUUAAGAUUCUUAUCCUCCUUCAGUUUGAUGAAAACUUUGAAAAUUCCUGCCUUCAUUCCCCACGACUUUCACAAGGCUUUGUAGAAAAUGAACUCCAUUUUCACAUCCUAACAUACCCCAUGCCCUUUCUUACUUUAUAAUUUUGGUUGAUGAAACCAUAAUUACGUUGUUACACUCCCCCACUGAUACAGCACCAGUUUCUUUGGGAACCUACCCCCUUAAUUCCUCUCUGAGUCUGUUUUGUACUGGAAUACCACUGCUUUAUUACCCAUCUUUAAAUUUGUAUCAGAAUGUGAAUAUUCUGGUAUCUAUUUUUCGGGUUUUAAGUGCAUUUUAAACCUUUGGAAAGAAUUAAAAGAAAACUGAAAUCUGCUUGACUGGGGGAUUCUCAUUAGUCACUAACACUGUGCUUAAAAAGGUGUUAAAGAUGUUUUCGGUUUUUUAUUAUCUCAAUGAUGUUUUAUUUAUCGAUUUAUUUUCACCCCUUUGAGGUGCAUGUAACAAUUCUUCACCAACAACAAAUUUGUGGUCUAGAUUACAACCCCCAACAAAGGUACCAAGAAAGGUCAACACCACUAUUAUUUGAACAAAAAAUGUCACAAUCAAUCUAAAAUCACUAAAAGGGACGAAAUUAGCCAUGUUUACUUUUGGAAGGGAGCUCCCUUCAGGGAUAUUAACACUUUUAAAGAGGAAACGCAAUGAAUGUUAAAACAAGGAUAUCUUAAGUCCUUUUUCCAAGAAAUGAAGAAGUUAGAAGAUGAGUUUAUCUGGAGUUUCAGUCUGAGGUUUACUUCCUCUAAGAAAUUCAGUGCAAAGCUAUGACAGUUAUUUGUAAAUUUGAAAGAUAUUGAUGAUAUGAUAAUGGGGCCUUAAGGAGCAGUGCAGCAUAAUAAACAAUAUUCUGUCAGAUGUAAACUUUAUUUCAUCCAUCCUUGUGUAAAUAAACCUCUAGCCAGUAAGUAUUUUCACAAAUGACAUGUACACAAAACUGUUCAAAGCUCAAGAUUCAAAGAUUUGCCAUUGA